AUGAAUAAAGAUUAUGGAGUCCAACUAGCGUCUGCAAUUGGCAAAGUUCUUGAAGUGGAAGUUGGCGAGAAUGAUUUGGGCUGGGGAAGUUUUCUGAGGGUGAAAGUAGAGGUUGAACUUACCAAACCUCUGGUUCGAGGAAGGAUAUUAAGGAUUGGGGAGCAAAAGCACUGGAUUGCUUUCAAGUAUGAACGUUUACAAAAUUUCUGUUUUAAAUAUGGAGUUCUUAAACACAAGAAUAGAGAUCGAAGCACAAAGCAUUUUCAUUCACCUCCCAUGGAUGCUGCUGGUGAUACCAGGGGCGCAUAUGUAAAUUCAGAUCAGAAAGAGUCGGAGGCUGAUUUUCAAGAAAUAAUAAAGGAAGGUAGUAAUAACAUUCAAACUGACUCUGCGACGGAUACGUUAUAUGGUAAGGAUUGCUUGCCAGGUCAACUUUCCAAGAAAGAUGCGGAGAAUAUUUCAUCCAUUAAUUCUCCAAUUAUCUCUGCCAAUAACGGAUCAACCCAAGAUUCUCUCUCAGAAACAAAUGCUUUAAUUGAGGAUGUCAUGGCUCAAGAUUGGCAAGAAGCUCCUCCUCAUCAGGAUGUGACAGCAACUCCUCAACUUUCUGAAAUCUCCUCCCAAGCUAUACAUCCGGGUGGACCUAAGAGACCCACUUGGAAACAGGAAGCUAGAGGCAUUAAUCACAUCAAUGUGGAGGAAGGUGAAGGCUGCUUCGCAGCCCCACCACACCCAAUGAUUUGCAUUAGCUGGAACUGCCGUGGGCUUGGGAACCCAUGGACAGUUUGUGAACUUCAUCAUUGGGUGAAGACUAAGUGUCCCGACUUUGUUUUCCUUAUAGAGACAAAGUGUAACAGGAAUAAAUUAGAGCUCAUAAGAAACAAGAUUGGAUUUUCAUGCAGCUUUGUUGUUGAAAGUAGACGGGCUAGUGGAGGUAUUGCAAUAUUAUGGAAGGAUGAUAAGGAAGUGGACUUGGUGUCCUAUACUCAACAUCACAUCUCUAUUAUCGUUAAUCAGCCAACAGCAAACCAAAAAUUCAUUUUAACAGGUUUUUAUGGACACCCGGAUGCUUCGAAAAGAACAGGUAGCUGGAACUUGUUAAGAGAAUUAAAAGCUCAAUCGAAUAUGGCAUGGCUGUGUAUUGGUGACUUUAAUGAAAUUUGCCACCAAUAUGAGAAGUUCGGAGCUGCAGAUAGACCUUACAGGCAAAUGCAAAAUUUUCGAGAAGCACUUUUAGAUUAUGAUCUCAGUGAAAUUCCUUUCAAUGGAGAUUUCUUCACUUGGAAUAAUGGCAGAGAAGGAUGGUAUUUCACAAAGGAAAAAUUAGAUAAAGACUUUGGAAACGAGGCAUGGUUUGAACUGUUCUCAGAUUGCAUAGUGAAUUCUUUAAGUGUUUCUUCUUCUGACCAUAAACUAAUUUUCAUCCAAAUUAGAGGAGAAUUGGAAACUGAAAUAAAAAAGCAUAGGCCUUUCCGAUAUGAAGCUGCCUGGGAUAAUAGAGCUGAAUGUGGGGAGCUGAUCCAAAGAGAAUGGCUUUGCAACUUAAAUCCGAACUCUAGUCUACCAAGUGCUAUGGAAGGACUCCAAAGGUGCAAAGAAAAACUGUCCACCUGGAGCAAAAGCACUUUCCGAGACCAAAGGAAUACUAUGACAGACAAGCUAUCUCAACUGAAGCAUCUGGAAGACACAAACAGAGGCGAUAAGAAGGAAGAAUUGCAGCAUCUCAAACAAGAAAUUGAUGGACUUCUUGAAGAAGAUGAUAUCAAAUGGAAGCAAAGAGCUAAACAACAAUGGUUAAAAGAUGGUGAUCGUAAUACAAAAUUCUUUCACUUGUGUGCUAACCAACACAGGAAGUCUAAUGUUAUCAAGCAAAUUUCAAGUGAUGAUGGCAGGUUUGCUAAUAAACCUGAAGAGGUUAGCAACCUUUUUCAAUUAUUCUUUCAAUCAUUAUUUUCUUCGUCAAUGCCUGAGAGAAUAGAGGACUGUAUCCGUGUGGUAAAGCCUGUAAUAACUCCUAAAAUGAACAGUGAUUUGGUUAAGCAAAUUUCUAACGAAGAAGUAGAAAAAGCUGUUUUCAAUAUGAAUGGGUUAGGAUCUCCAGGACCUGAUGGAUUUCUUGCCAUCUUUUAUUAG